CAUGGCUACGAACACUUUCACCUUCCUGUGCGCUUUGGGGGUCUUUGCUGCUGGCACCUUGGUGUUAGGAGCCCGGCUGGUAACACAUUGCAGUGAUUGUAUAUUUUUGUAUCUGUUCAUGUCUUUAUUUCUUCUUCUAAUGUGUAAAAAACUAAACAUUAUUUCCUCUUUCUUCACUGAAAAUCCAUCUCUGAAGGGGGACCCUGCAGAACCACCUACCAGGGGGUCCAGACUCCAGUUACAAAGUAACCCGAGUGAGAUUGUGAACAAGCACAAUCAACUGAGGAGAAAUGUUCAGCCUACUGCCAGCAACAUGUUGGAAAUGAGCUGGAGCAGUGAGGCUGCAGCCAACGCUCAGAAAUGGGCCAACACCUGCUCCAUGAAACACAGCCCUGACAGCUCCAGAGUGAUCAGCACCAGCGGCUGUGGAGAGAACCUGUACAUGUCCAGCUUCCAGAACACCUGGAGCAACGCUAUCCAGAAUUGGUACGACGAGGUGCAGAACUGGCGCUACGGAGUGGGAUCUACCAAUGGACGAGUGGUCGGACAUUUCACACAGGUUGUUUGGUACAGGUCCAACAAGGUUGGCUGUGGUAUGGCUUACUGUCCCAACUCUCAAUACAAGUACUUCUACGUCUGCCAGUACUGCCCACCCGGAAACAUCCAGUACGCUCGCCCCUACAAAUCAGGACCCUCCUGCGGUGACUGCCCCAAUGCCUGCAACAACAAACUCUGCACCAACCCCUGUCCCUACGCUGAUAAGUACGGCAACUGUCCUGAUCUGAAGAAGCAGUGGACCUGCAGUAACGCAGACGUGGCCUCUUGGUGUCCCGCCUCCUGCAAGUGCACCUCUCAGAUCAUUUAAAGGCCCUCGUGGGCUCGGACAUAUCAGUCGGAAUCAAUAAAAGAUACUUCUCUUCGAA